AUGCAAUCUAUAGCACCACUUCUGAAUUAUUCUGGAUAUACUGAUUACAUAUGUGCCAAAAACUUACUUUUAGCUCAUGCCAAUGCCUAUCAUUUGUAUAAUGAUGAAUUUCGUGAAGUCCAGGGUGGUAAGAUCGGUAUAACAUUAAGCGCACAGUGGUAUGAACCUCAAUCAGAAAAAGAAGUGCAAUCUGCAGAGGACUUCCUACAAUUUGAGGUGGGUAUUUUUGCUAAUCCAAUAUUUUCAAAACGGGGCGAUUUCCCGUCUGUCGUUAAGGAAAAAGUAGCAGCAAAGAGUCAGAUUCAAGGGUUUCCACGAUCACGACUACCAGAAUUAACCCUUGAGGAAAUUGAUUUUAUCAAAGGAAGUUCUGAUUUCUUUGGAUUGAACCAUUAUACUACAUUUUUAACUUAUGGAUUAAAGUUUCCAAUAGACUAUCCUACAUACUAUUAUGCUGAUGUCGAAGUCAUACCUUAUCAACCUGAUGAAUGGACCUCAAGUUCUUCAAAGUGGUUGAAGGUAGUACCCUGGGGAUUUUAUAAAAUCCUAACUAAAAUACGAGAGGAAUACAAUAAUCCACCUGUUUUUAUAACUGAAAAUGGUUACGCAGCUCCUCGUGGUCUGAUAGACGACGACCGUAUCAACUUUUAUAAAUUAUACAUGAAUGCUAUGCUCGAUGCUAUGGAAGAGGGAAGUGACGUAAGGGCAUACACUGCGUGGAGUUUGAUGGAUAAUUUCGAAUGGAUGAGUGGAUACUCCGUACGUUUCGGACUGUACGAGGUGGACUACGAUAGUCCCGAACGCACCCGCACUCCUCGCAAGUCAGCUUACUUCUACAAGGAGGUGCUGCGUACACGAACACUGGACUAUCAUUAUGAACCUGAUAUGAGUUUGGGAAUGAAUGUCGAUGAUAACUAA